UUUGCUGCUGCAGAGGGUCUCUCCUCCCCUCCCCUCCCCGCUUCAGUCCUGCGGGCGGUGCCUUCACGUAACCUGGGGCUGAACACGCAGCGGGCCACAGCGACAGACCAGGUGGUUGGAUUCGGCUUGGUUGCCUUCAGCCUCCUUCUCUUCGUUUACUACACCCUCUGGAUCAUCGUACUGCCCUUCAUCGACAGCGACCAUGGGAUCCACCGGUACUUCUUGCCUAGGGAGUAUGCGGUUAUCAUCCCUGUGGUGGCUGGGCUGCUGCUGCUGCUAUUUAUAGGCGUUUUUAUAACGGUCGUGAUGUGGAAGAGCAGAAAACCUGCCAAGAAAUCGGACUGAAGGCCCAGCUGAAAGAGAUGAGGAGAAGGCGCCCACCCUGCAGCGGCGUAGCCAGGAAAAGACUUUGCCUGCAGCACCUCCUCCAGAGCGCUCAGCGCCAAGCUGGCUGCGCUCUCCCACGUUCCUUCCUGCAGAGGCGAAGCCUUCUGUAGUUUACAACUUACUGACCAAAAGGAAGCACGACUGACCUCCGGGGCCCUUCGAGAGAGGGACCAGAGCCCCGGCUGUGAGGGACCUGC